UAGAUCGGCGUCGAUUGCUUGUGAUUUGUGAAUGAGUGAUCUCUUAUCAUAGUUUAAAAGUGAUAAAUUGAUAAUAUAUAGUUCAGAAUAAUUGUUACUUUGACUAUUCUCCCGGUCACAUGAGGAAAAUCAGUUAAAUAGAAGAGAAAUAAUUCUAUAAAUUAAAUAUAUCAAAAUACCAAAAUGGAUGCUGAUUUGUACGAUGAGUUUGGGAAUUAUAUUGGUCCUGACUUGGCUUCAGAGAGUGAAGAUGAAAAUGAAUACGGUAAUGUUGGCGAUGACGCCGAGGACAGAGAACGUUCUGACGAAGAAAUGGAAGAAGAUAAAGAUGAAUCACGAGAACAGACAGAACAAGGAUCAUCCAUGACGGUUGUGUUGCACGAAGAUAAACGAUAUUAUCCCAGUGCAUUGGAAGUAUAUGGACCUGAGGUAGAAACACUUGUGCAAGAAGAAGAUGCCCAACCGCUAGAUAAACCACUAAUAGCACCCACUAAGAAAGCAAAGUUUCAAAUAAAACAGCAACAGUUGCCUGAAACAACAUACAGCAUUGAAUUUUUAGCAGAUAUGAUGGAUGCUCCUCAUCUGAUCAGAAAUGUAGUCUUGCUGGGCCAUCUUCAUCAUGGCAAAACUACUUUGGUAGAUUGUUUAGUUCAACAAACACAUCCUUAUUUGCACAGCAUAACUGAUGAAAAACCACUUAGGUACACAGACACGUUGUUUACUGAGCAACAAAGAGGCGUUUCCACGAAAGCUACUCCUGUUACUCUCUUGCUUCAAGAUGUCAAAUCUAAGUCUUAUCUUUUGAAUAUAUUUGAUACACCGGGUCACGUAAAUUUUUCUGACGAGGCGACUGCCGCAAUUCGGCUGUCGGAUGGUGCGAUACUUAUUGUUGAUGCAGCGGAAGGUGUAAUGUUGAACACUGAGCGUCUGUUGAAGCACGCGCUUCAGGAAAAGCUCGCUCUGACGGUUUGCAUAAACAAAAUUGAUCGUUUGGUUCUGGAAUUGAAAUUGCCGCCGUUGGAUGCUUAUUACAAAUUGCGACAUAUCAUCGAAGAAAUCAACGGACUGAUAGCGAUGUACUCGGAUACGGAAAAUCCCGCUUUUGUUUCUCCCGCUGUCGGAAACGUUUGUUUCGCCAGUUCCGAAUACAAUGUUUGUUUCACGCUUAAAUCAUUCGCUGCGCUAUACGCUAAGACUUAUCCCGAUCUCAAUUUCAACGAGUUUGCCAAACGGCUGUGGGGUGAUAUUUAUUUUAAUUCUAAAACGCGAAAGUUUACCAAAAAACCUCCACACAACACCGCACAGCGAAGUUUUAUUGAGUUCAUUUUGGAGCCUCUUUACAAAAUAUUUGCGCAAGUCGUUGGCGAUGUGGAUACAACAUUACCCGAUGUUCUGGAUGAACUCGGCAUACGAUUAACUUCUGAGGAGAUGAAGAUGAAUAUACGGCCGCUGCUGAGGCUCGUCUGCACGCGAUUCUUAGGAGAUAUGUGCGGGUUGGUUGAUAUGUGUGUUACUCACGUGCCUAGUCCGCAAGCACACGCUUCCACUAAAGUACAACAUGUUUAUACUGGUCCGAUAGAUUCACCACUUGCACAGGACAUGGUUAAUUGCGAUCCGGACGGAAGACUGAUGAUCCACAGUACAAAGAUGUAUCCAACUGAAGAUUGCACCUUGUUCGUAGUACUCGGUAGAGUAAUGUCUGGCACGUUAGAAGCGGGACAACGCGUUCGCGUGCUAGGCGAAGCGUAUUCGCGUACGGACGAGGAGGAUUCGCGCGUUCUCACAGUGGGCAGGCUGUGGAUCAGCGAGGCUCGUUACUCGAUCGAGCUAAAUCGAGUACCCGCCGGCAAUUGGGUUCUCAUAGAAGGUAUCGAUCGACCGAUCGUGAAGACCAGCACCAUCACAGACCUCAAUAAUACAGAGGAGCUACAUAUCUUCCGCCCGUUAAAGUUUAACACGCAGAGCGUCAUCAAAAUCGCCGUAGAGCCUGUUAAUCCUUCUGAACUGCCCAAAAUGUUGGACGGUCUACGAAAAGUGAACAAGAGCUAUCCUUUGCUGGGCACGAAAGUGGAGGAGAGCGGCGAACACGUCGUGUUGGGAACUGGUGAGCUGUAUCUCGAUUGUGCCAUGCACGACCUUCGGCGUAUGUAUUCAGAAAUUGACAUAAAGGUCGCCGACCCGGUUGUCGCUUUCGCGGAGACCGUAGUGGAAACGAGCUCUCUCAAAUGUUUCGCCGAGACGCCGAAUAAACGAAACAAGUUGACGAUGAUAGCAGAGCCGCUAGAAAAGGGUCUUGCCGAAGAUAUAGAGGCUGAACAUGUCCGCAUUACUUGGAAUAAAAAGAGAUUAGGAGAAUUUUUCCAAACCAAGUACGAUUGGGAUUUGCUAGCAGCGCGAAGCAUAUGGGCGUUCGGUCCGGACUCCACGGGACCAAAUAUUUUGGUGGAUGACACUUUGCCUUCUGAAGUAGAUAAAACAUUGUUGAACAGCGCGCGCGAUGCUAUCGUUCAAGGCUUUCAGUGGGGAACUCGCGAAGGACCGUUAUGCGAAGAACCUAUACGAAAUGUCAAAUUCAAGAUCCUCGACGCAGUCAUCGCGCAAGAACCGUUGCAUCGAGGAGGUGGUCAGAUCAUUCCAACUGCUCGGCGUGUCGCGUAUUCCGCUUUUCUCAUGGCAACCCCACGGUUGAUGGAACCGUAUUUAUUCGUCGAGGUGCAAGCACCCGCGGACUGCGUAUCCGCCGUUUACACUGUUCUGGCGAAACGGCGAGGUCACGUAACGCAAGACGCGCCGGUGCCAGGCAGUCCUUUAUACACGAUCAAGGCCUUUAUACCGGCGAUCGAUAGUUUUGGCUUCGAAACAGAUCUACGAACCCACACUCAAGGACAAGCGUUCUGCCUGUCCGAGUUUCAUCAUUGGCAGAUCGUGCCCGGAGAUCCGCUCGACAAAAGUAUUACCAUCCGACCGUUGGAGCCACAACCGGCUACUCACUUAGCCAGAGAAUUUAUGUUGAAGACUCGAAGACGAAAGGGUCUCUCCGAAGACGUUUCCAUCAACAAAUUCUUCGACGAUCCUAUGCUGCUCGAAUUAGCGCGACAGGAUGUAUUGUUAAAUUAUCCUCUCUAAUAAUUAACAUAUUCGUUGUGUAACGAAAAACGCAACGUAAUAGCUAUUAAAAAUAAACACUUUGUAAAAUA